AUGCCUUCUCAAUUCGACGUCGCGAUCAUAGGAGCCGGUCCCGCAGGAAUAACAGCUGCCAGAGACCUCGCAGCCUCAGGACACUCCGUCAUCCUCCUCGAAGCCCGCGAUAGAAUCGGCGGACGCACCUACGUCGGCAACGCCUUUGGAGGCACUCUCGAACUUGGCGGUGCUUUUGUGCAUUGGACACAACCUCACGUUUGGCGAGAAUUACAUCGUCAUGGCAUGACAAGCCUGCAGCCUCCUCUUCCUUCCGAAACGACAUUUUGGCUAGCUGAUGGUGUUGUUCAUUCGGGAAGCGAGGAAGAUUGGGCCAUAGCAACUCAGACUGGACUAACCAAACUCUUUGGAGAUGCAAGAGCGCGCUUUCCAAUGCCAUUUGAACCAAAUGCCGUUGAUAACUCCGACAUCGAGUCGCAGACUCUGAAACAGGCCAUUGAUGGACUGGGUCUGUCCUCCUACGAGCGGGAUGCCCUCGAGGGAGCUUUGGGGAGCAUGAUCCAUUCUUGCGAUAAGCAUGGCGUCGCUCAAUUAAUGUACGGGUCGGCAGUUAACUUUGGUAGCUACUUGGGGCUUCUGGAGACAGCAGGGACAUGGCAUAUUCAGGGAAAAGGAACGAGAGGUCUUUUCGAAGCCAUGCUAGAUGAGUUUCCCAGCAUCAAUAUCAGCCUCUCGACCGCAGUAGAAUCCAUCACCAGGAAAGGCACACAAUUACAGAUUACAGCUCGCGACGGACAACAAAUCCACGCUCGCUCCGCCAUUGUCGCCGUACCUAUCAACACGAUCCGUGACAUCACCUUCACCCCCCCUCUCCCGCAAGUAAUUCGCACCAUGCUCGACAAAGACGACGGAAAGCCAAACUCCAUCAUGGCAUGUAAGGUCUGGGUGCGUGUCCGCGGCGAAAUUGCCCCUUUCACAGCAGUAGCACCAGCUGGAAAACACCCAUUCGCAGCUGCGAGAGUUGAGAAGCGCUGGGAAGGAGGUGACACGGUGAUAAUGUGCAUGUGCGCCGACGCAGCGCUGAUACCGGCGGAUGAAGUUCAACGCAGGAAAGUGAUGGAGGCGGCGUUGCGGCUCUUCGUUCCGGGCAUUGAGGUUGUUGAUACGGUGGCUCAUGACUGGGUGGGCGAUGAGUUCUCCAAGGGUGGGUGGAUGAUGCAUAGACCCGGGGGCUUCACUGGUCAGGGGACGGUAGAGUUGCGUAAGUCGCAUUUUGAUGGGAGGUUGUGUUUUGCAGGGAGCGAUAUUGCGACUAUUGAUGUUGGUGCAAUUAAUGGUGCCAUGGGAAGUGGUGCUCUUGCUGCGCGUGAUGUUGGGGUCAUGUUAGCGAAGGAUAAAGGUAUUGGGAUGAGGCUUUAA